AGUGUUGGCAAGGGAUUUUGAUAACCCAAGUCAAACGACAUUUUGAAGGUCAAAUUUAGAUGAUUUCGUACAAAAAAGUUAUUCAGAAGAGUUAGCUCUAAAUUGAGGUGAGUAAAACAAAAAUAAUGUGUUUUUUCUGAAAACAGAUAUUAAGAAAUAGUUGUAGGGAAAGGUGGGAAUGUGGAGCGGUGGAAGGUCAAGAUAUGGCAAAGCGCAACAACAUCAGCGGUUUAUAAAAUCAACUCCAAAUUGAAUGCUGUAUAGCCAAACCAAACCUACAACUUUGGCCUUUUCAAAUUUCAUUUUCAAUUGGCUCUUCUUCGAUCUCUCUCUCUCUCUCUCUCUCUCUCUUGUGGUUGGAGCCUUUAACUUCUCCCGAGCAACAGGGAGUGAAAAUCGGCACUUCGUCCUUUUCUUUUACCCCAUUUCUUCCUUCUGGAUGUAUCUGUUUGAUUGAGUUGCAACGGACAUGGUAGGACCUUCAAGACCUCAGUUUGUUCUUUUUGGAUCCUCCAUUACUCAGUUUAGCUUCGCCAAUGGUGGUUGGGGUGCUAUUCUUGCCGAUGUUUAUGCUCGCAAAGCAGAUAUUCUUCUACGAGGUUACUUAAGUUGGAAUUCUCGGCGUGCUGUACAGGUUCUUGAUCAGGUUUUUCCAAAGGACACUGUUGUACAGCCUUCUUUGGUAAUUGUUUAUUUUGGUGGUAAUGAUUCAAUGGGUCCCCAUCCAUCCGGCCUUGGCCCUCAUGUACCUCUUCCUGAAUACAUUGAUAACAUGAGAAAAAUUGCAACUCAUAUCCAGAGCCUUUCAGAUAAAACGCGCCUCAUCUUCUUAACGUGCCCCCCGGUGAAUGAAACCAAAGUUCGUGGAAGUCAAAGCAAGUUCCUCAGUGAACUGGUGAGAACAAAUGAAUUGUGCAAAGCGUAUGCCCAAGCUUGUAUAAAGUUGUGCCAAGAAAUUGGUGUAAAAGUUGUUGAUCUUUUUACUGCCAUUCAAAAAAGAGACGAUUGGAUGAACGUUUGCUUCACAGAUGGGAUUCAUUUGUCAGCUGAAGGAAGCAAAGUAGUGGUGGAGGAGAUUAUGAAAGUUCUAAAGGAAGCUGAAUGGAAGCCAUCUCUAUAUUGGAAGUCCCUUCCAACAGAGUUUGCAGAAGACUCGCCUUAUGAUCUCGUUACAGCUGAUGGCACAAAAACUCUCAACGGGUCUGAUUGGAUCAUUCACCGAGACAUUAUGUGGGAUUAGCCUUCUCAUGAACCUCCAUUUCAUUGCCCCCAAUUGCAGCCAUCUUACAGAAAUCACUUGCUUAACAAUGGCAGACAUGGGAAAAACUCCAUAGAAGGCAGAAGAAGGAAUUUAAGAGGAGUUUGCAAGUUCUUGAAAGAGCAGCAGAAAAUUUUAGGAUUAAGUAGAUAGAAAGUGCCGUGUGGUGUUAGAAAUUAGUAAUAAGAUCUUCAUAAACUUGUUAGAAAUUAAUAACAUCAUUUGUUCUGUUUUAUUUCUUCUGUACUGAAUAACUUGCAAAGCCAGCAAUGAUGAGCCAAAAGUAAAUUUUUUUGUUUUGUUAUGUUUUCUUUCUUCUGUUUAUAUAGUAAAAGGAUUUGAUUUGA